CACUUCGCAGCAUAUAUUGUAACUAUUGACAGGCAACAAGACAAAAAAGGUCCUGUCCAACUUGGCACUCCACCCCGGGCGGCUAAACCUCCCUUUGUUGCUCUUCUGGUUUAUCAUUAUUUAGUCUGUCUCAGCCCCGGAAGUCUUGACGCAACGAUCACGUCUCGUCCUUUUUUUCUUCUUCUUUUCUUAUAAUCCAUAGCCAUAAUAAUAAUAAUAUUAUUGUUAUUAGUAUUCCUGGUAUUCCUUCUGUUCUCUUGAUUUCUUUCAUUCUUCCUCGCUAUUCUAUCUAUUCUAUCCAUAUCUCCCGUCUCCGCAAUGAAGAUCACCACUGCGCUUGCGCUGAGCGCAACGGCAUCAGGCGCGUUGGGAGCUGUACUUCCCCAGCAGGAACCAUUGAUAGAUCAUACAGCUCAUGUCCAUCAUGAACCUGAGAAGUUCCUCAUCGAGCUGGCUCCGUAUCAAACCAGAUGGGUGACCGAGGAGGAGAAAUGGGUUCUCAAGCUGGAUGGCGUCAACUUCAUCGAUGUCACCAGCGCACGCGACACAGGAACAUACCCCUCCGUCAUCCGUACAACCAACACAGUCCGUUACCCCGGGAAGAUGGAACACCGCGACAAUGUCACCCAGCUAGCCCGGGGUCUCUCGAAGGAGAACAUGAGGCAGAACCUGGAGCAUUUCACAUCCUACCACACACGCUACUACAAGUCAUCGACGGGCGUGGAGUCCGCGACAUGGUUGUACGAGCAAGUCGCCGGCCUCGUCACGCAGUCUGGGGCUGACAAGCAUGGCGCUACGGUGGCGCAAUUCGCUCAUCCCUGGGGCCAGUCUAGUGUUAUUGCGAGGAUUCCUGGACGCAGUGGGAAGACAGUCGUCGUCAGCGCUCACCAGGAUAGUAUUAAUCUGUUCUUGCCGUCGAUUCUGGCUGCGCCGGGUGCGGAUGAUGAUGGGAGUGGGACGGUGACGAUUCUGGAGACUCUGCGUGCGCUGCUGCAGUCUGACGAUAUUGUGGGUGGGAAGGCGCCUAAUACGGUCGAGUUUCACUGGUACUCUGGCGAGGAGGGGGGUUUGCUGGGCUCCCAGGAGGUUUGGGCGCAGUACAGAAAGGACCGCAGGGAUGUCAAGGCUAUGCUACAGCAGGACAUGACUGGUUACGUUCAGGGAACGUUGGAUGCUGGUCGCGAGGAGGCCAUUGGUGUUAUUGUGGACUUUGUCGACCAGGAUCUUACGAAGUUCAUCAAGGAAGUUAUCACUACGUACUGUGAGAUCCCCUUCGUCGAGACCAAGUGCGGUUACGCCUGCUCCGACCACGCAUCCGCUAGCAGACAGGGAUAUGCCGCUGCGAUGGCCAUCGAGGGUGAAAUGGAGAACACGAAUAAGAAAAUCCAUACGACCGAUGACCAGAUCAAGUACCUAAGCUUCGAUCACAUGCGCCAACAUGCCACAAUGGCAUUGGGCUUUGUCUACGAGUUGGCAUUUGCACCUUUUUGAUCUCCUUCUCUUACUUCUUAUCCUUAUAUACCUUCGAAAGACGAUAUUCCUUGAAUCCGGCGUUAUGCGACCGCGUCAUGGGUAAUGAUUGCAUGUUGUCUGGCUUGUCGGGCCUGUUUGCUUGAAGUGUUCACUUGACCUCACGUUGCUGCAUUCUAUCUUGCCGUAUACCCCUGGUUCAGUACAUACGGAUAGAUUAUUUAUACUUAUUCCGACGCCGCCAAGACGCGAUAUUAUUAUUAUUCUCAUGACUUAUUUCGUAAAACACGGGGUACAGUACUCCUGAGACAAGUCCCACGUGACAUCAUACGUAAAAGUCCUCCGCCAAAAUGGCGGCAAUUGCCCGCUGUGGCUCUACAGAUCACAGCCACACAUGUGAAU